AUGUUUGCAAGCAUCACCACCAACUCAGUGCAUCUAUCAUAUUUUAAAAAUAAGAAAGAAGAAGAACUAUUGGCAUUAUGCGCCAACCCAGUAGCCACCAGAGGCAGAAUAGAGCGACUGAUUCACCUUGUCCAGGACCUCGACGUCGACAUUAACUGCGUCGACGUCGAUGGAAACAAUCCGUUACUCCUGCUAUGUCGGACGAAUCGAUGCAGCGAUCUUUUCCCUUGCAUUCAGUCUCUGCUAUUAUUGUGUCAACGACAAAUCAACAUUAACCACCGAAAUCUGAAGGGAUGGAACGCUCUCUUGCUACUCUGUCGCUAUCACGCCGACGAGAAUCUUGUUGACCUAUUCCGCUUGUUGAUUCAGCACGGAAUAGAUUUGAGUGUCAAGAACGACGACGGAUGCAAUGCCUUGUUGCUUCUGAGUCGCUACUACAACAACGAGAAUUUACUUGAAAUCUUGAGCUUGUUGUUCCAGCAUAGUAUCAAUUUCGAUGUCAACUGCCGGACCGCUUUCGGAAGCAACUCUCUGAGUUUAUUGGUCCGCUAUUACAGUCGCGAGAAUCUACCAGACGUUAUGCGCUUAAUAAUUUCCCACGGAAUCAAUAUCAAUUCGAAAAACAACGACAUGCGCACCCCCUUGAUUAUCCUGUGCCGCUUUCGUGGGUCGCAAGACGUCAUCGACUGCGUCCGGCUCUUGAUCGAGAACGGAGCGGACGUCAAUUGUGCAGACAGCGGGGGCUGGAACGCCCUGCAAUUCAUCUGCAGAAACUAUUGCAGAGCAAACGUGAUCGAAAUCGUUCGCUGUCUCUCGGCCGUUCCUUCUCCUGCAAAGAUUAUCGGCUGGAGAACCAAAAACGGAAUUACCGCAUUAGAAGCAUUUUCUAGAAACUGGAGUGGAAGACUCCACUCGUUACUAGGCGAGCUCUCAGCCGGUAUACGUUUACGUUUAGACAUGCAGUCGAUGGGACGAAUAAUUCUGAAUGCAUCGUUGUUAGGUUGUCCUCAUUCCGUCAAAAAGUUGAUGCUCUAUUUGCCAGCUGUUCCCAUUGACGUUAAUUAUAAAACCCCAUUGCAUUACCUGGAAGAAGUAGCUACUCAAUCGUUCAGUCUAUGCAAAGAGUGCUCUCAAGAUGACCGGGAUCUUAACCACGAUAGUGUAGAUGAACUUCGAGAACAAUUUGAAUUUGCGCCUCAGUUUUCCGUCCAAUCGCCACAUAAGAAGAAAGAGAUUUUUUACAAUAAAGUCACUUAUAACGACAUUUGCACUUAUCGGAACGACAGUCGAGACAGGCACGUUUUGGUUCCGUCUUUCCAACAGUGGCUCAGUCUCUUGUCUGCUUGGCACGACAGCAACACCAUCUCGAUGAAGAAAAUCAACGACUACCUGGACAAACAUUCUCACCCGAGCUACGACAACCAUUACUUUUGUAAAUGGUGUCAAGUAAGCCGAGAUGUUGAGGCCUAUCUGAUUCGGCUCCUGCAUAAAAUUAAAGAAAUUGACCCACUUUUCGAGAUUGAACGGUAUAACCUGUACGGAAGUUCCUCUGAAAAGACAGACGUCUUUCUGCCUUGUGAAUUUGAUAAGGUUGUCGUUCUUAAACAUUUCCGCCAGUCGGCAUCGAAUUGUAAACAGGUCAUCUACGCUGGGACGUGCCGUGAAGCGGAUUCAUCACUACUAGAGGCUGACGAAUCGAUUAAUUCUAGUAGUUUACUUCUCCACUUUACCCAAUUAGUGGACACGGCUAAAGAUAGUGUGUCCAGUGUCCACGUCUUUGGUCCAAUAGUCGGGUACGGUGAAACCUGCGUGACUAUCCAUUUUCUGUACAGAGGUCGAUAUCCACCAGCCAUGAAAGCCAGCGUCGAUAUCACCGUGGCCGUCGACUUCUGCAAAGAGCAAUCCAAUACUGUAACGGCCAUAUUUCCCAAAUGGUGCUCAAUCCCUCGUCACGUGCCCGCCUUUCUCGUUCCUUACCGUCGCACUGCAGGCAGCCAUUGGCAGAUAACUUAUCCAACCGUGGAGAGGGAUUUGUUACUAAGCGCUGGAGAAUGUGUGGCCAGGGUCUAUCAGCUCCUUAAGCUUUUAUUUUCGCUUCAAGCCCAUAAGACCAAGCAAGACAGAAAGUUAGAUAUUCCGCGAAAGAUUUGCCCGUCUUCUUACGCUAUCAAGACUUGUUUGAUUGAGUAUUUAGUUUUCCACAGCCCGCCACCUUGGGAAUCGAAAGAUACCAUUCGACACGCUAUCGGUGUAUUGAAGCAGUUCCCAAUGAACUCUUCGGAGAUGAAAUCUUUUUUUGAUAACAGCAUGUUUGUCUACGAAAUUUCCGAGAAAAGUAGAAAUUUCGUUUCGGAAGUUAUCUCCAAGUUGCUAAAAAUGGAAAUUUAACUCACUGUCAAAAUAAAACCCAUAUUUUGCAGUUUCUGUGAAUUGAAAUAUACAUUUCGGAUUUUUUUUCAUU